GCUGUAGAGGGUUCUCUUGAAAAAGGUUCGACGCCGUGGACUCGAUGUGCUUGAAAAUCGAAUAAAAACAAUGCCACCUUGUCCCGUUCAGCUAACGAGAGCAUUUUUGCGGGAUCUGAAUCUAGAACGACGCAAAGAUCCCCGGCAAGUAGAGAUGACGUUCCUGUAUAGAAGUUGUAAGAACAAGGUAACAAGGAACCUAGACGUGACCGGGGGGGUCACGUCCGUCCGGCCGGCCGGACGGACGGCACGUGACGUGACCGGGGGUCGGUCGUGGUGGAGGAGGUGGAGGUGGCUGCGGUGGACCGCGCGGCCGGGCAACUAAAAAAAAAAAAAAAGGUCAUGAGCUCGGCACUUCACUGAAGAACUGCCUUCUUCGUCACGCUCCGCCCCCGGUCACGCGGCCGGGGGGUGUCAGCUACCUAGCUCGGGCGCCCAACUAAAAAAAAAAGGUCAUGAGUUCGGUCUUUCACGGAAAAACGGAAAAAGGCGCGGCUCUUGCCGCUGGUCCGCCGUCGGUGACGCGGCCGGGGACUUCUAGCUACCGAGGGCCACAGUUGCUGCGGCAUUCAGGAGCGCCGAACUCGCCCCGAGGCCGGACUGCCCCCGGUCACGUGCCGUCCGUCCGGCCGGACGGACGGACGUGACCCCCCCGGUCACGUCUAAGUUCCUUGUUACCCUGUUCUAAGGAUGUAGUGAUAACCUUGCUCGAAAGUCAUCGAAAAAAAAUGGUACUCAGACGUACUUAUCAUUCUCGGCGCCACGGAAUUUGUCCUUAUUUUCUUCACUAAAAAAGAACUACUCAUACUCAAUCACUCUGCUUCUUUUUUCAGGUGUACUAUUAUCAGGACAGGCGCUUUUUCACUGUUUCUAGUACUUUCCUUGGCGGAGUUGUUUGGACUGCAUUUUAGUAUAAAAGGGAAAUGUUCUUGUUCUUUCGAAUUGGACCCGCGUAUGGUUUUUAGUCCCUUUUUCAGCGACAUUUUUUUUUACCGUCUGUUGCAAUAAAGUACCGAUCGAAAAGAGCAGAAAAUUUAUAGCACCAUGGUAUCCACCACCACCUUGCAGCUCGGUUCAGCCUCCACGACAAGGACCGCGGAUCAUGUUGGCUCCUCUACGACUGCGGCAACCGGUCGUGCUAACAGUGGUACAACGACCUCCACGGCGCUGAAUUUCACAACCAGUCGGAAGAUGGACAGCAUCCGGAAAAUUAGUGCGAUGUUCGACGACUUGAUUAACAUGAUUCCGCCACGGUACUACCUCAACGAUGAGGAAAAUUGGAGACAACUACCAAGCGUUGAUGACGCCACGCCGACCACCGAGGUACUUAUUUAUUUUAGAGUGGUUGAUGAUACCUACAUACUAACUGUGGGGCCGGCCUGAAGAUCAUGCUGCACAUUGACGUGAACUACACCGGACUCGUCAAGAUAUUGUUGUGCAUAAAGGCAAACCCAUGGUGGGGAUCAUGAUCCUGAUCGUGCUGGAUACUUAUCAAAGUAAGUAAACAAGAAUUUCAAAUUGCUGUAUCGGCAUGAUGAAAACGCAUCGCAACUUUCUUCAUCGUUUAGGUUGUCUGAUCUAGAUGACUGAAAAAACGAGCGGCGUCCUUUCUGACGAACACAUCGCGACAAAGUCAACAUUGAUUAAUGCAGGAAAUAAAAGAAGUAAAUGCAUUUAAACUUUAAAAAAAACCACAAAGGGGUUUACGUUUACCCUUCAAACGUUGUAAAUCACUUGAAAACAUCAAUCACGAUCAUCUCUUGUUCAUCCAGGUUAUCCACAAGCUCGCGCAGCAGCGGUUGAGCCAGCGGGGGAAAGCGAAGAACAAGAAGCAGAAAGGCAGUAAUGGUUCGCAAAACAAACCGCAAUCGCAAUCGGAACUGCGGGCGAAGAUGCAAGAGAAAAUUGCGCAGAUGCAGGCGCAAAGGAAGGAGGAGCAGCGGCAAAGGGACUUGAAGAAGAAGGCGGUCAAGAAGGACAACGACAAGAAAGCGGACAAGAUAAAGAAAGGUACAACAUCUACCGACGAACAGCGAGGAACGACGGAGCCUACUACUCUACACAGUUCAAGAACAACUCACAACAAUAAAGACGCUACUUCGACGCAAACGGCCAGCAUCAGCAACAAGGAUAAAACUCUAACCGGAGCUGCAGUUGUAGACCACGGGGCUCUUGCAGCAAAAGAUGCAAAACGAACCGGAGCAGCUGCAACAGCAACUUGCUCCAAGGACCGCGACGACGUCGAUCUCAAUGAGGAGGACACCGCCGUCGGCGACCUGGAUUUCGGGAAUGUCAAGACAGAAAAAGCCAAGCUUUCGACCGAGUACGAGGAGAACAAAAAGGGCUCCAAGUGGAAGAAAAUCGACAAGGCGGUGCGGGACGAGGAGCGGAAGCAGAAGAAACUGGAGAAACUGGACGACGCGACCCGGAAAGAGCUGGAGCAGCGGGAAAAGAUGGACGUGGCGCUGAAGCGCGCCAUGGGGGAAAAGGUGAAAACGGUGGACAAUGUAUCCUGAUUAAAAACGUUGCCACACCAGAGGCAGGAGGGGAAAUCUGCUAGACAAAUCAACAAGCUUUGGUUGUUUGGCAUGGUAGGUUUGUCCUUGUAGUGUAAUCCUGUUUAGCUAGUUCAGAAGCAUCACAGAUCGAGCAUAGCGCUCUGAUUCUAGCGUCACAAAUUCCAAAACUCGAAUAGAAAUCGUUGCUCAUAGGGCUCCGCAUGAGAAACUUUACUUGCAUGCAGAAUUACAUGACAGCUCUGGGGUGGGGAUGUUUUUACACGGGAUACAAUGCCGCGAAGCUGAAGAAAACCAAAAAGCAUCUCGUCCAGGAGAAGCGGAACAAAGCCUUCGAAAACAAACAGAAACAAGUAAUGAAGGAGCAGAAGGGGGAAAAUAAAAGCGGUGGAAAGAUGAACAGUGGCAAUAAAGGGACCAACCAGAAGGGCGCAGGAAAGAAGGGAAAGGGAGGAAAAAACACCGUCGGUCCGAAGCGACGCGGCGGCUUCGAGGGCAGCGUGGGGAAAAACACGGUAUUGAACAAGGACAGGGAUGUGUGAUGACAAACCGUUCUUGUUAAAAAUACCCUUGUCGCUUUAAUGUUCUGAAACCGCAGACCGGUGCCGCACGGCAAGCCGUUCCCGCUACUCCUGCAAAUAAAGAGCUAUUUUGUAGUUACCAGGAAAGGAAAAUCAUAACUAGGUGAUUCUGAAAUUAUUGCAGGAGCAGUUGUGCUGGCCACUUGUCGACGCGCACAGUCACCUCUCUGAAAUUAUAAAGAUUUGUCACGUUUACUAAUUUGCGCCGCACGAAUUACGUGAAAAU